UCCGGGCUCAGGCCCGAGGACGUUUCCGCAGCUGGGGCUCCAGUUCCUCUCUCUCCACCGCCUGGGGUGCGGGCUGAGGGGGCCGCCGCACCCGGAACUGGCGAGACCGCCGCGGGGCGCCAACGCGCGCUUCCUUCACUGAGUCUCCGCUCGGCUCGGCUCGGUCCGGCCCACCGCGUCCACGCGGGACCCGCCCACCUCCCGGCUCCCGCCCGCAGCUGUUCGCUCGCCGGGCCGGCCCUGAGCUGCUGACCGGACCACAGCGGUCUGCCAGGCCGAUGCCAAGCGGGGGAGGCGUCGUUCGGCAGUGAAGAGCGUGAGGUGGGGCGAACAGGCAAGGCCUUUUGGCCCAGGGGGCUAAGCUUGUGGCUUCCGGUUUCUUACAGGCUCGGGGGCGGCGGGUGAUUAUUCUGGGGCAGAGACAUCUUUAAAAAACCUCAUGCUAUAUUGAAGAUGGCAGAAGCAGUGCUGAUUGACCUCUUUGGCUUGAAAUUAAACUCUCAAAAAAAUUGUGACCAGACAUUACUGAAGACCUUGAAUUCUGUUAAGUUCCACCACGCUACCAAGGCCAAGUUCCUUUGCAUACUGUGUUGCAGUAACAUUUGCUGUGAAAGGGAUGGUGAACAUGAUAAUUGUGAAUUAGAAACAAAAAGUGGAUUUUCAACUCUUUUGAGAGAAUUUGAGGUCGUUAGCAAUCCCAGCUUGGCUGUCUCUCUGUAUACCAUUAAGCAAAAAAUUGAUGAAAAAAAUUUGAGCACCAUUAAGGUAAUUGUACCUAUACAUCGGAAGACAUUAAUAAAAGCUUUUAUUGAUCAACUCUUCACCAAUGUUUACAAUUUUGAGUUUGAAGACUUACAGGUGACUUUUAAAGGAGAUCAUUUGAAACAGUCUACUGAUAUAAAAGUCAUCACAGCUCAAGAUCUAGAAGCAAUUCAGAGUGAAAUAGAAAUAUACUUGAGAAGUCUGCCAGCUCUGAAAGGAGAACUAACCAUUAUCAGAUCUCCUUUGAUCUCAGAUAUUUUCAUACAUGGAUUUACAACAAGAACAGGUGGGAUAUCUUACAUACCGACUCUUAGCUCAUUCAAUCUCUUCAGUAGUUCCAGAAGGAGAGAUCCCAGGGUUGUUGUUCAAGAAAAUCUGCGUAGAUUGGGGAAUGCUGCGGGAUUUAAUGUGGAGAAAUUUUAUCGAAUAAAGACUGAUCAUGCCAAUGAUGUCUGGAUUAUGGAGAAAAAAGAGCCUGAGUCUUAUGAUGGAAUCACCACAAAUCAGAGAGGAGUCACAAUAGCUGCUCUUGGUGCUGACUGUCUACCAAUAGUUUUUGCAGAUCCUGUCCAAAAAGCAUGUGGGGUUGCUCACUCUGGUUGGAAAGGUACUUUGUUAGGUGUUGCAAUGGCCACAGUGAGUGCUAUGAUAUCAGAAUAUGGCUGUAGUUUGGAAGACAUUGUUGUUGUUCUUGGACCUUCAAUAGGACCUUGCUGUUUUACUCUUCCAAGGGAAUCAGCAAAGGCAUUUCAUAGUCUUGAUCCUGACUGUGUACGACUGUUUGACUCACCAAAUCCCUAUGUUGAUAUCCGUAAAGCUACAAGGAUUCUUCUAGAACGGGGAGGAAUUCUUCCACAGAAUAUUCAGGACCAGUCGCAAGAUCUCAGCCUUUGUACAUCUUGCCAUCCUGACAAGUUUUUCUCCCAUUUCCGAGAUGGCCUUAAUUUUGGUACACAAAUUGGUUUCAUAUCAAUCAGAGAAUGAGACACUUGAGUGGAUUUUUGCCUAAUUGUUUCCUGCUUCUUUCCAAACUGACAGCAAGAAAGAAAUUUAGCUGUUUGGUCUACUUAAAGCUGAAAAGAUUAUAACGAUAGUUCAUCUUUAGGGUGUACUUCCACUGUUACCCAAAGAUAAAUGAUUUUUUAUUUGAUUCUAAUAACUGAUAAAAAAAAUCAGU